CGGUGGGGGUGGGGAGGCGGCGGUCAGGCUCCGGCGCGGGGGGAAGGCUCCCGGCGGCGGCGAGCGAGCGGCGGGAACGGGACGCGACCCGCCCGCUCUCCCACCCCUCCCGGAGCCUGUCGGCGGGAGCGGAGCGGCGGGACCAUGCCGUCGGUCAGCUUGCCGCCCAAGGAGAACGCUCUCUUCAAGCGCAUCCUGCGGUGUUAUGAACAUAAGCAGUAUAGAAAUGGGCUGAAGUUUUGUAAGCAGAUCCUUUCUAACCCAAAGUUUGCAGAACAUGGAGAAACCUUGGCGAUGAAAGGACUAACAUUAAACUGUCUGGGGAAGAAAGAGGAAGCUUAUGAGCUGGUGCGCAGAGGCCUAAGGAAUGACUUGAAGAGUCAUGUCUGUUGGCAUGUCUAUGGUCUGCUUCAGAGGUCAGACAAGAAGUAUGAUGAAGCUAUCAAAUGCUAUAGAAAUGCACUGAAAUGGGACAAAGACAAUCUUCAAAUCUUGAGAGAUCUUUCUCUGCUACAGAUUCAAAUGAGGGAUCUUGAAGGUUACAGGGAAACAAGAUAUCAGUUGCUUCAGCUCCGACCUGCACAACGAGCAUCAUGGAUAGGCUACGCUAUUGCUUACCAUCUGUUGGAAGACUAUGAAAUGGCAGCAAAAAUUUUAGAGGAAUUUAGGAAGACUCAGCAGACAUCACCUGAUAAAGUGGACUACGAGUACAGUGAGCUGCUGCUGUAUCAAAAUCAAGUCCUCCGUGAGGCAGGACUACAUAAAGAAGCGUUGGAGCAUCUUUGUACCUAUGAAAAACAGAUCUGUGAUAAAUUGGCUGUGGAAGAAACUAAAGGAGAACUCCUGCUUCAACUUGGCAGACUUGAAGAAGCUGUUGAUGUCUACAAAGGAUUGCAAGAAAGAAAUCCUGAAAACUGGGCCUACUACAAGGGCCUCGAAAAGGCACUUAAACCAGCUAAUAUGAUGGAGAGGCUAAAGAUUUAUGAAGAGGCCUGGACUAAGUACCCAAGGGGACUAGUUCCAAGAAGAUUGCCAUUAAAUUUUUUGUCAGGUGAAAAGUUUAAGGAGUGUCUGGACAAGUUCCUAAGGAUGAAUUUCAGCAAAGGUUGCCCGCCAGUCUUCAAUACCUUACGAUCGUUAUAUAAAGACAAGGAGAAGGUGGCAAUCAUUGAAGAGCUGGUGGUGGGUUAUGAAACCUCCCUAAGAAGUUGCCGGUUAUUUCACCCAAACGAUGACGGUAAAGAAGAACCUCCAACCACUUUACUUUGGGUCCAGUAUUAUUUGGCUCAACAUUACGAUAAAAUAGGGCAGCCGUCGCUGGCUCUAGAAUACAUAAAUGCUGCUAUAGAAAGUACUCCCACUUUGAUAGAGCUGUUCCUUGUGAAGGCAAAAAUCUAUAAGCAUGCUGGAAAUAUCAAAGAAGCUGCAAGGUGGAUGGAUGAGGCUCAGGCUUUGGACACGGCAGACCGAUUUAUCAACUCCAAAUGUGCAAAAUACAUGUUGAAAGCAAACUUUAUUAAAGAAGCAGAGGAAAUGUGUUCAAAAUUUACGAGGGAAGGAACCUCGGCAGUGGAGAACUUGAAUGAGAUGCAGUGCAUGUGGUUUCAGACAGAAUGUGCGCAGGCUUACAAAGCGAUGAAUAAAUUUGGAGAAGCACUUAAGAAAUGCCACGAAAUUGAGAGACAUUUUGUAGAAAUCACAGACGACCAGUUUGACUUCCACACUUACUGCAUGAGGAAGAUUACUCUUAGGUCUUACGUGGACUUGUUAAAGCUGGAAGAUGUACUUCGACAACAUCCAUUCUACUUCAAAGCGGCACGGAUUGCCAUAGAGAUAUAUUUGAAACUUCACGAUAAUCCCUUAACAGAUGAAAAUAAAGAGCACGAGGCAGAUACAGCAAAUAUGUCUGAUAAGGAGCUGAAGAAGCUACGAAAUAAGCAGAGAAGAGCACAGAAGAAAGCACAGCUGGAGGAGGAGAAGAAGAAUGCCGAGAAAGAGAAGCAACAGAGGAAUCAGAAAAAGAAGAAAGAUGACGACGAUGAGGAAAUCGGAGGCCCGAAAGAAGAACUGAUUCCUGAGAAAUUGGCCAAGGUUGAAGCACCUUUGGAAGAAGCCAUUAAAUUUUUAACCCCCCUGAAGAAUUUAGUGAAGAACAAAAUAGAGACGCAUCUCUUUGCCUUUGAGAUUUAUUUUCGAAAAGAGAAGUUCCUUCUGAUGCUUCAGUCUGUGAAGAGAGCUUUUGCUAUCGACUCCAGUCAUCCUUGGCUUCACGAGUGUAUGAUUCAUCUCUUCAGCAGCGUGUCUGAAAGUAAGGAUCUGCCUGAUGCAGUUAGAACAGUGUUGAACCAAGAGAUGAAUCGGCUUUUUGGAGCAACUAAUCCAAAGAACUUCAAUGAAGCUUUUCUUAAGAAGAACUAUGACUCGCUACCGCAUAGGUUAUCAGCUGCCAGAAUGAUGUACUAUUUAGAUCCUUCCAGUCAGAAAAGAGCGGUGGAGCUGGCGAUGACCCUGGACGAAUCCCUCACUAACAGAAAUCUUCAGACUUGUAUGGAGGUAUUAGAAGCUUUAUGUGACGGUAGCCUUGGAGACUGUAAAGAAGCAUCUGAAACUUACAGAGCAAAUUGUCAUAAGCUUUUCCCUUACGCUUUGGCUUUCAUGCCCCCUGGUUAUGAAGAGGAUAUGAAGAUCACAGUUAACGGAGAUAGUUCUGCAGAACCUGAAGAACUGGCCAAUGAAAUAUGAACAACUGUAUUGGAAAAAAAUGACAUUGGACCAUAUCUGGCGUAUAAUAUUUUUGUCACGCACCUGCUGAAUUGUUCUAACUUACACGGAGAACGGAAGGGAAAAAAACUGUUGCCUUCAAAUAGUUUUACGUUUUUUUUUUU